GCCAAACAUGCAUUUGGUCGGGUGAUGGGCCUGUCGAGCAUGGAAAGCACCUCCGAUUUCUUUCGCCUCCUCCUGCACGACCAGAGCGGCUACGUCCGGUCGCCCAAGAAGCGCAAGGCCGUAGCGUUGCACCCGCUGCCAGCGCCGCUGCCAGUGGCAAGUGCCGCAGACGACUACAUUACAAGGAGCCCGCGUCGACUGCCGCGCCUCGAGGCGCGCCUCUUGCAGCGACAGCGUGUCUUUCUCUACGAAGACGGCAGCGCCGAGCUGUGCACGGAAGAAAUACUCCAGUACAACGAAGUCGACGCGCGGAAGACGCAGAAAGAUCCGCUUGCACUGCUUUUGACCAAGAAGUGCGAUGGCGCCGAUGAGAUUCCACUCAUGCCGUGCCACGGCCGCGCCCAUCGCCGGCAUUUGCUGCAGGUUGCCGGCGGUGGACACUCAAUCUUGAGAUCGUCUGUAGGCUGAGCGGUGGCCCGAGCCCGUACGCGACCGCGACAAGCACUGGGCGCAAGACGAGCUGCCGACGAUCCAAGCUCAUGAGCCAUACCGACAAAUGCGGAUGACAAGGUCCGUAACGACGCCGGGCAAGUGGCAUCUGCAAGCACUCCACCCCGAGCUCCUCUUGCUGUCGCGCCGGGGGAUUCUCAUCGACGCGUCGUACGUCAUUGUCUCGGCGUGGGGCGCCGGAAUCUAUGGCCGCGUUUUUGGCAUUGGACUGCAAAGCAAACGAGCCUUGGUCGUGCACGUGUACGACCCCGCACUUGGGAUUACCCACCUUCUUUCCAUCUCGAUGGACGAUCUCGAAGACCUCUUCGAAGACCACCGAGCGUACUUGACCGCCGGGCGCAAGGACGAGCUGCUGCAAGCCAUCACGUCGAUGCUCUUUUUCGAAUAUCCCACCCAAGGCCGGCCGAUUCUGCACAUCAACAAGCUCCUCAAGACGAGUGCGUCGAAACUGCGCCGCAUUGCGCGCGAGAAGCAACGACGCCUCGAAGAAGAAGAGCGGCGUCUUGCGGCACUCAAGUUUAUGACCAUGCCCCGCCGCGCCCGUUACCGUGUGCUCUGUACGAGCCAGAAGAUCAGCUCUUUUCUCUGCAACAUAUCGGUCCACCAUUAUCCGCACCAAGCACGGAACUUUCACAUCGUCGCGACCCACCCCCCGUCGUCAGCUGAGUUUCAUCUGCCCCUCGGGCUCUUAUACGCUGGAAAAGCCGCCAACAAUUCGAGCGCUCCACACACGUGGACGCCCGCGAUCAAGACUGCAAUCGCCCGUGCUGUCGUCCGCCAACUCUGCCUCGUCCGCAACAAUGCCGGCGAAAUGGCGCUUGCUGUCGCGGGCCGCGUCGGGUACUACAGCAAGGGCAUUCACCUCGACGAGCCACAGACGCCAGAGUCCGUCGCACGCCAAAGUUACCUCCAGUCGAUCCAGAUCACGGUCCAAGCACUGCAGCAAGCAGCUUACGACGAGCGCACUGCUAUUACGGAGGCUCACCAAGCGCAGUACGCUGCGUUGGAGCGCGACGUCCGGCUUCUGGAAGCCAGUCGGUCCGAGCUGGAAGCCAAAGAAGCGGCGAUCAAGGACGCUCUGGACGAGAUUGAAGCCAUAGGACUGGGAGACGUGGACGGUCUCGAUAAAGACCAGCGCCAUGCAGCGCGGCAACGCGUGCGCGAACGCCGCGCCGACGUCAAGAAAGAUCGCAGCGAGACACUUGUGGAGCUCAAGCGGGUCCAAAGUUUACUCACGGCCUUGCUGUCACAGAUGCAAGCGGCCACAGCGGACACGACAGCGCGCCUUCACGAGUCAGCGUUGCGCUUUGCGACUCGGAUCGAAGCGCUCAAGCUCGAGGCAGUGACGCCGCCCCCGUACGUCGACUUGCGCGUGGGCGACAAGCGGUACGCGUUACAUGCGACCCAGUCGCGCCGGCCACGCGCCUUCUUGGGCAUGACGAACCAAGUGCGCCAAGGUGCGGCGGCGAUUCAGGGUCAGCGUGUGCGGUACAGCGUUGCCUUUGGUGACGACCGAAGUAUGGAGCUCACGGCCUAUGUCCCCGCGACGUCGACUACGAUGCGGUUUGCGUGCUCGCUGCCCACGUGGUGCAUUCUCACGAAAGAAAGCGUCCGCUCCAAAAAGGCCCGUCACGAGAUGCAAGUGGCUGUGCCCGGACUCAUUCAGCACCCUGGCAAUGCCCUGCCGCCGUCGUCCGAAGAAGUCGAGCUCGACGCGCUCAACGCAGCCAUUGCAACGUCACUGGACGAGUGGCGGACGUCGCGUACACCGACGACCUACGACGAGCUGCAGCAGCUGCACGCUCGCCGACGAGAACUCAGCAAAGAGUCGCAGCGCUGCGUGCACCACCUCGUGACCGCGCUAUGCGAGCGUCUGCGUUUUCAGUUGUCGAGUGCUCUGGCGUUGGACAACAUAAUCUUCACGAUGGACCCUUACGUCCUCGUUGCCAGCGACGAAGUCGACCGACCGGGCAUCUGCACCGUGCGCAUUGAGCCCAACCACAACGUCGUGUUUGCCGUCGACUUGAUGAACGGCAGCCAGUACGAAAAGGCACACCCGUAUACACAAGAGCUCGUGCUCGAGCUCGCGAGCGAGUCGGCCCAAGAAAUGCAUGUCCACCUCGACUUGAUUGCGAGCUCCAUGCAACUCGUGCGCCGCGACGACACGCUCGUUGACGAGCUCGAGUUCUUGGAUUGACUUGAAAUAUACAUGCGACUGCUACGCUCUGCA